GUCGGAUAUUCAAGUUUGACAGACUGUUCCUAUGGAAAUUUGAAAGUUCGUUUUAUCAAUAACUACAAUAAUUCAAAGUAACUAUAAUAUUUUGUAUUUCUGAAAUUAAAUUCUUUAAUAACUAGACGGAAAGUGUAUAUUCUAAAAACAUGGUUGAUGUCGAAUCCUCGAAAAAUUGUCCAUGUGAGAGCAGAUCUGAAUCUCCAAAGAAAACAGUAACUUUUGGUGAUUAUGCAAAGGAAGCAAUGGGUGACAGCGGGGUAGACCAGCCUCCCUACCUGCCACAGCCCGGUGACAGCAUGUUGGGCGCAGAUACCCCAGCACCGGGCCCAAUAGGACCAUGGGCCACGGGCAGGGUGGACUGGGGGCCCCUCUCCGGCCUCACGGGCACCCGACCCGUGGUCGAUCACUACUCAAUCACUCGCUUCAGUCCGGCCGAAUGGCGCCAAAAGAAUAAGGACCUGCUGUGUGCGGUGGGUGAAGACCAGCAGAGAUCACAUGAAGUGGAAAUGAAAAGCCGGCACGCGAUGCGAUCGACAGCGGUGUCGUCGGACAAGAUGCAGCAGCAGAACACAGUGGAGCUGGGUCGGCGCGCGCACGACAUCCACCGCUGGAAGACAGAGCUGGAGCGUGCGCUGGAGGACAUGACCCUGGAGCUGGAGUUGCUGGAGUCGCAACGCCGCAGAGCCAAGCAGGCCAAGGCGGUGCUCGGGGUUGUCCGGUCCAUCUCGGCCGAGUGCCUGUCAAGGCGUGCGCUCAGAAUGGAGGAGGAUCUGGUGAGGGAUGCCGUCGAAGAGGAACUGAUCAAGGAAGCAGCAUUGGUGAAAGAAGUGAAUGACCUGAUCGACAGAACUAUUGUUCAAAUAGAAGAGCAGUUGGACAGGAAUAAGGCAAUCAAGGCCAGACUGGAAGAUGACUGGUCCGAUAAGAAGGAAAGCUACAACAUCGAGGCAACCAAUGUCAAACUCAAUAAUAAAUCACCAACAAUACUAUUCUAUCCUGGUGCCACCAGAAUGCCCGACAGCCAAUCAACACCGGAAGGCUGGGAAGACCAUUGCCGUGAGCUACUUCGAACAAUGGAAGCGGUGAAGGGUCAGUCGUGUGAGCUGCGUGCCCUGCUAGAUGGGCCCAUCCUGUCGGACUGUGUGAGGGAUCUGCGCGCGCAGGCCGACACAGUCGAGGCGGCUCUACAUCGUCGCGUCGCAGAGACUGACCUCUGUCGGCAGGCCUUCGAAGCUCAACUGCAAGCGGUGGUUCAAAGACAAGCUGAAACAGAGAAAUUGAUAAUCGACUUGAAGCAAGCAAUCAGAGGACUGGACUAUCCCCUCAAAGUGGCACAGACAAGGCUCAACAACCGAAUCGCUCGGCCAAGAAUUGAGAGUUGCAGAGACUUCUCCCAGUUUGGGUUAAUCGAUGAAGUGAGAACAACUUCGGAGCACACUACUACACUGAAAGGCCAACUGAGCCAGGCCGAGCAGGCGCUGGUAGCCUUGCACACGGCACGCGGCGACUUGGAGCGCCAACUGCAGGUCAAACUCAAGUCGCUCUACAUCGACAAGGAGAGGUGUCUGGAGGUCAGAAGUCACUAUCCAUCCGUCACCAAGAUGUCUGGUCACUGAACCUCAAUUCAUUCCUCCCACUACACAUCAUCUACACCAUAUCCACUAUUACAAUAAUUGAACAAUUGGACGCAAAGGUCUUUGUAGAUGUCAGUAGAAACAAAUAGGUCAGGUGAUUGAAAUUCUCUGUUUAAAAGAAAAGUUUUUUAAAAUUAUCGAUUCAAAGCGGACUUUUGAUGAUUUACAAACAUUGUGUGCUUGCCUCCAUACUUUUUAUGGAUUUUUGACAUUUUUCAAUUGUAUUCAAACGAUAAGGAAAUUUUGAUAAAUUCAUAUUAACUUUCAUAUUUUAAUCUAAUUCUAUGGACUGAUGAUUGAGAAGUCAGAUUAUGUCACUAAACGUCACUAUACUACACAAACCAUUACAAUAAUUAAUCAAUUGGUCCCAAAGGUAUUUGUAGAUGUGGGAAGUUAAUGAAUAUACGGGGUGAUUGAAAUUAUCCGUUUGUAAACAAAUUAUAUAGAUAUUGUCGAUUAAUUAAUCUCACAGAGUGCAAUAUAUGAUUUGCACAUGGGUUGAAAUCAUUGUGACUCUUCAAGUAAUAAGCACGUCGAAAAUUUAUCCGACUAUUUAUCUCUGAGAACAUAUUUUGACUGACUACUACCACUAAAAUAAAACUAUCUAGUUAUUGAGAAUUGUUUGAAUACAGUUUGAUAUUAAAAUGAAAACGGAUUGAUGUUAUACAGUAUUUUGAUAUACUUUUGAUGAUUUAAAAACAUGUGUGAGCUUGUGUCCUUACUUUUUAUGGAUUUUUGACAAUUUUCACAUGUAUACAGACUAUAAGGAACUUUUGAUAAAUUUAUAUUACUUUUCAUGUUUAAAUCUAAUUCUAUGGACUGAUGAUUGAGUCUGGAAUUUGAAAAAUGUAUAUUGCACUUUUAAUAAAUUAUCUACA